AUGCAGGAUGAAGAUGAGCGUUCUUGGGGCAGCAGCCGUAGGGUGAACGCGCUGCAGACCGUUGCGCAUUUUUCUGGGGCCGUCUUGAUCGCACAUUUCAUCUCCGAGGCGUGGGACUACAGAUGUCUCUGGCAGAUCGUGGGCUGUUGCAGUGUCCCGACCGCCAUCGUAGAAGUGGCCGUGCUGUUCUCCGUGUUCCACCUCAAGUCCUCCGUGUAUUGAGCUCAAAAUGGCCAGAUGAGCUUUUUAUUUUCGGGGAAGAAUGCUGCUGUUGCCCCCAUAUUCAGUCAUGCUGGGUUUCUGCUUUGGU